AUGGCUUUAAUUUCUAGUUUCGGAAUAGCCUUUCUAUUAUGCCUUAUUCUUGGGUGCAGUAGUGCAGAGGAGAAGCUCUUCAAUGUCCAAUCCUAUGGUGCUAUAGCAGAUGGAAAGACAGAUAAUAGUAAGGCAUUGUUGAGUACUUGGAAGGAUGCAUGCCAAUGGAAUGGAACAGCCAAAUUCUUGAUACCUUCAGGGGAAUACAUGGUAUAUGCUGCAAAUUUUAUCGGGCCAUGCAGUGGAUCCAUGAUCUUCCAAAUCCAAGGAGUUGUUAAAGCUGCAACAGAUCCUUCUCUAUUCUGCAAUUCCACUUGGAUUUCCUUUCAAUAUGUGAAUGGCUUAGAGAUUGAAGGAGGCGGAACUUUAGAUGGACAAGGAGCUUCAGCUUGGCCUUAUUUUGAUACUUCCAAGAAUUCUAAUUGCCCAACCCUUCCUAUUUUUCGCCGUAAAAGUGCAUUUACCAUAUUACUCAAUCAUAGAAGUAUAGCAAAUCAAAAAAUAGUGACAUUACAAAAUUUCUUUCACCAUUUACGUGGUUACAAAAUACUUCUUUUUGUGGUUAUAAUGUGA